UCAACUUUAUAUUAGGCUUGAUAACAUUGAAUAUCACUGAUUUAGCAUCUCCCCAAUUCACUUAUGCCCAGUGUGUCAUGCAGUGUCGAGAAAUGCACGUCUGUACUUCUAUAGUUGCAGGCUCCCCAGAGUGUCAGGAUAUCAGUCCAGAUUAUUGUAGAAGUAUCUCCUGCGAGCAACCAGGAAGUGAGAAACUGUGCCAGAAAACAUGCGGUCUGUGUGCAGAAGACUGCGGAUCGGGAUACUUCAAGGAUGGUUCCUCGUGCAGGAAAUGCGAGGAUGGCGUCGAUGUACAGUCAGUCGACUAUAGAAGGAAAUGUGAUGUUCCCUGUAACCAUAGCAACACGUGGGGCGCAGACUGUCGAACUCCAUGUAGUAAAGGAUGUAGGAAUCAAACAUGUCACCGGUGGAGAGGACACUGUCUCCAAAACUGCAACCCAGGCUACUAUGGGUCUACAUGUGAAUUACAUUGUGACGGGUGCAGGUCGUGUGGAGACCGAGGUGAUACUUGUGACAAUGAGGGGAGGUGUUUGUGUGGCUGCAUGAGAGGAAAACGAGGUGACAAAUGUGACCAAGACUGUCUACACUGUGAAAUGUGUUCAGGAAAUAACUGUACAUGUCAAGAAGGAUUCCGGGGUGCGUUGUGCAGUGAGACCUGCGUGAACUGUAAGAGCUGUAAUGUAGCCAACUGUACAUGUCAAGAAGGAUUCCGGGGUGCGUUGUGCAGUGAGACCUGCAUGAACUGUAAGAGCUGUAAUGUAGCCAACUGUAUAUGCAAGACCGGUUUCCAUGGAGAUGUCUGUACAGUACCCUGCCCCCAGCACUGCUCCCAAAACGUAUGUCGUCAGGCAGGAGUGUGUACACGGGGCUGUGACAGGGGGUGGUAUGGACCAUCGUGUGAUAUACAAUGUGAUAACUGUGUGGGAGACCUCUGCUCGUUAAACGGGACAUGUACUUCCGGGUGCAAAAGCGGGCGGUAUGGUGCCAAGUGUGAUGAAGCCUGUGAUGCCAGCUGCAAGGACCAACUGUGUUACGGUAACGGAACCUGUGAAAGAUGCAAGCCCCGAUAUUAUGGAGACCGUUGCAAGGCCACAUGCAGCACUGGCUGUCGUAACCAGACAUGUGACCGGACUGGAACUUGUGGAUCCUGCAGAGUUGGAAAGUUUGGGGACACGUGUCAGCGACAGUGCAGUUCCAACUGUGUGAAUUACACCUGUGAACAAACAUCAGGAACGUGUAUCAAUGGCUGUGCCACAGGCUGGUACGGAGAUACAUGUGAUGUAAACUGUCCCCACCGAUGUGCCUCACGGUCCUGCCACAGAGACACCGGGAUCUGUCCAUCUUGUGUGCAGAGAUUCCAAGGCUCCCACUGCAACGUGUCAUGUCCACAGUACUGUACGAAAUGUGAACAGUAUAGCGACAAAUGUCUCACUUGUCAACAAAAGCAUUUCGGGUACAAGUGUGAAAAACUUUGUUCACCUCGUUGUCAAGGAGGAAUAUGCCGCCACGAUACUGGUAUAUGUUCACAGGGAUGUAUUGGAACAUUCUACGGCCAUUUCUGCAACAAUUCCUGCAGCGACCACUGUGUCAACAGAGCCUGUCAUACAGGAAGGACCGACGCAGAUGCACCCCAGUGUACUGACGGAUGUGAAGAUGGAUGGUGGGGGGACUACUGUGACAACACGUGUCCUCUUCACUGUGUGAAAUGUGACAGACAUCGUGGCCAGUGUCUGGCGUGUGAAGCCACGAGAUACGGCGUGAACUGUAACUUGAGCUGUAACACUGCCUGCCUGAAGUCACGAUGUAACCUGACAGGAGACUGUAUAUACGGGUGUGAGAGCGGGCGUUACGGUAGCAUGUGUUCUGAAAGAUGUCCCCAGGUGUGCAACACAUGUCAACACGAUGGUGCCUGUGUUACGUGUGCUGACGGCUGGAUGGGAGAACACUGUACUGAAUCCAGCAGACCCCUGGCGCAGUUGCUGUGGGUUGUAAUUCCAUGUCUGCUGAUAGCCACUCUCAUCGUAAUGGCCGUUGUAGUCAUGCGGAGAAAUAGUCCCAGACAUUCAAGGAAAGAAAGGAGACGAGUUCUCGGAGGACCAAACAGUGCCUCUUUAGUAUGCAUACUGAACCCAACAUAUGAAGCCUCUACAAACGGUUGUACAACCCCUGUGGACUUAGACGCCCUGGAUUUGGGCGAGGAAGAAGUAGCGCCCCCUUGUGUUGACGUCAGGAUAAGCGAUGGGCAAUGGUGUCCACAUUCACACUCUCUAGCAUCCGGUGACGUCACUGACACUGCCCUUAUUGACCAAGUGUGGUCAACGGAAGUGAUGGUACACAAUCUCAGACAAUAUGUUGAAAACAUGAAGAGGGAUGGCGGCCUUACUUCCCAGUUUUAUAACCUGCCCCGUGGACAGCUAGGCCCCUGUACCCUAGCCGGAUUGCCAGAGAAUGUCUCCAAGAACAGAUACAGAAACAUACUACCGUAUGAUCACAGCAGAGUAAAACUUUCAUGCGCUCCGACUGUACCUGGUUCUGACUUUAUCAACGCCAAUUUUAUAAAUGGAUAUGGUGAACCGAAAGCAUUUGUUGCCACACAAGGCCCUUACGCAGCUGUGAUGGGCGAUUUCUGGAGAAUGAUAUGGGAAACUGAUGCAAGCAAAGUGAUAAUGCUGACCAACUUGGUGGAGAACAGAAAGGCAAAGUGUGAGAAGUACUGGCCCGACUACGGCCAGCCAGGCACCAGCUAUGACGAUGUCCAUGUCCAGUGUAUGGCCGAGGAUGAGCUGAUGGACUACACAGUCAGGACGUUCAAUCUACACAGGGAUGGACAGCCACCGAGGACGCUGCAGCACUACCACUUCACAGCAUGGCCAGACAAGGGUGUUCCACAUGAAGUUAGGUCUCUUGUUGAGUUCUACAGGCUUGUCAGCAACUCCCCAUCUACAAGCCAUGGGCCAAAGGUCGUACACUGCAGUGCUGGGAUUGGCCGCACAGGAACCUUUAUUGCUCUGGACUAUUUGGUUGCACAAGCCAAGGAGGAAGGCGUCGUAGAUGCCUAUGAGUGUAUUGUCAAACUCCGGCACCAGCGUAUGGAUCUUAUCCAGACAAAGGAUCAGUACAUAUUUCUACACGAUGCUUUGAUUGAGGCCCUUCCUUCGUCUGACAGACCGACAAGAAGAAACCUGUGAAUGCAAGGUCCUCAAAACAUUUGUAUAAACAAUCAAACACAGUUGUGUCGAACAUACGGGUGUCUCGAUACAAAAACGUGUAUCCUGUGUAUUCAUUCUAUAUUCAGCUUUUUUCGGUUGUAUCGAACCUUGGGUAACUGGAAACUUUUCUUAGGUUCCUACAACUUCGCAACAACGGUAUUUUGACAGUGUAGUGAUGACGACAAAAAUGCCUCGUGGAUUUCGUUGAUAUUACAACUUCCAAAAUGACAUGUAAUUUGUUGCGCACUUGCACUGGGUUAAUGCCUUAAUCUGCUAAGAAUGUUCAACACCAUCAUUACUUUUACAGAA